AUGCCUUCGAAAACUCUCCUGAUAGCCAGCGGUAAACCGCCCAAUCUACUUAAGAGUUUCCAGAAACAAAUCGCCGCCUGUCCAACUGCUGGGUUGGCUAGGCUAGAACAUUACGCUGGUGCGAUCACGCUAGGCGGUCGAGUGUCUCUCUCUGGAAGACGAGCGGCCCGUAACCUGGAGAUGGACGCAGUAAUGGGUGAAUAUCGUCUGACCAAACACAUUCAUGGCUGGACUUAA